UCUUUUCAUCCAAUAAUACCACACACUAAUUAACUAAAUGUCAACUUCCAUCUCUGCUACUCUCUCCGCUUCCAUGGCCGCCGCCGAUUCACUUUCCGACCAGCAGAUUAACGAAUUCCGGGAAGCCUUCUGUCUGAUCGACAAAGAUUCUGAUGGUGUGAUUACCAUGGAGGAGCUUGGGACUGUGCUCCACUCAUUGCAUGAGCAUCCAACAAUGGAGGAGAUUCAAGAAAUGGUGAACCUGGUUGAUGAUGAUGGUGAUGGGACUUUGAACUUUCAAGAGUUUCUAAAUAUUAUGGCUACGAAGCUCAAGGAAGAUGUAGUAGAAGAGCUAAAAGAAGCAUUCAAAGUAUUCGAUCGAGACCAGGAUGGAUUCAUAUCAGCCAUAGAGUUAAGAAAUGUGAUGAUGAAUUUGGGAGAAAGGUUGACAGAUGAAGAAGCAGAGCAGAUGAUUAAAGAGGCAGAUGUAGAUGAAGAUGGCCUUGUUAGCUAUGAGGAAUUUGUUGGGAUGAUGAUGAAAUCCCUCCCUACCUCUUAACUAUAUAUAGAUAUGAGGAAUAUAAUAUCAAUACACUUAUUAUUGUAGAUUGAAUAAUUAGGAUGGAAAACAAUGCAAAUUUCAUUGGAUUCAAAUUUGACCAGAAUAUUUUUUAAGCUAGGUGUUGUUGGUAUUCCUUUAAACUUCUUUUAUUGAGAUGUGAUUGUAAUUGAUAUAUAAUGA